AUGGCAGAAGAGGAAGAGAUCACCUAUGAGGAAGAGGAAGAAGAGGAAUACAUAGAGGAGGAAGUACAGGAGACCAUUGUGGAGACAAAAAAGGCGCCUGUGGCUCCCAAACCUGCCCCUCCUCCUGCAACAGUGCCUCCCCUACGCCGAAAAUCAUCUGCCAAUUACCGGGCCUAUGCCAUUGAGCCACAUGACAAGAUAAAAUGCAAGAUAUCAGCUUCUCGGAAAUUGCAACUCAAGUCACUGAUGCUCCAAGUGGCUAAGAGGGAAAUGGAAAAGGAAGAAGAAGAACGCUCCCAGGACAAAGAAAGAUUUCUCUCCGACCGCUGCAUCCCCUUAGAACUAGCAGGACUCAACCUCACGGACUUGCAGGAGCUAUGUCGGCAGUUCCAUGCGCAAAUUGACAAAAUUGAUGAGGAGCGUUAUGACAUGGAGGUCCGGGUCAAUAAGAGCAUCAAUGAGAUCCAAGAUUUGAACCAGAAGAUUUUUGACCUGCGAGGCAAAUUUAAGCGCCCUGCUCUUCGCCGGGUGCGUCUCUCAGCUGAUGCCAUGAUGCAGGCCUUGCUUGGCUCCAAGCACAAGGUCUCGAUGGAUCUGCGGGCCAACCUCAAACAGGUCAAGAAAGAUGACACAGAGAAGGAGAAUCGGGAAGUAGGUGAUUGGCGGAAGAAUAUCGAUGCACUGAGCGGCAUGGAAGGGCGCAAGAAAAUAUUUGAGACCUCGGUCGCAGGGCAAGCCUGAGCACGCAAGUUUCUUCCUCUUUUUUCAGGUGGGGUUUCCUGUGUGAUCUCUGAUCUGUAGAUGCUAUCAAUCCCUUGUGAAACCUCAUCCUCUGACCACAUUCAUCAUUGGAGCAAAAACCUCACCUUGGAAUUUUCUUUUGCAAAACUAUAAUUUCCCUUUCUGUUUCUUUGGGGAGCAUCUUAGCUCUGACCCUCACCACAAGAACAUGCUUGUAUGGAUAGUACAAGGAGCAGGUUGGGUGCCAUCAAGUCUGGGUUGGCUUCAGAAAUGCUGCAGAAGAUAAGCUUUAGACCAGGGGAAGUCCAGUCUUGGGAACUUUAAACCCUUAGACUUCAAGUCCCAGAUUUCCCCAGCCAGCCAUGCUGGCUGGGGAAUUCUGGGAGUCGAAGUUCACAAGUCUUAAAAGUUCCCAAGGUUGGAAGUGCCCUGCUUUAGAUCUUGAA